CCUGGAUACCUUCAACAUGGGUAAAGCAGUAAAGAAGAUAGAUGUUCCUGAUAUAGAUAUGGAACAGCCAGCAUCAAGCUCAAAAAACAAAAGGAAAACUCCAUGUCAGUCCAAAUCCAAAGGUUCUAAGAAGGUUCCAAAAACCACAACAAAGGGGAGAACAAUUCAGGGAAGUGCAAGCAAGAAAGUUUCAGAGAAAACCGCCACGUCUGUGAAAAAGACUAAGAAAGCCAAAGGAACUAUUCUAUUUGGCCACUAUCAUCGGCUGAAUGAGAAACUCAGUAAAAGUGAGACUAAAGAAGAAAAGAAGGCGGAUAACUCUACAAAUUCAAGUGAUGGCCAGGAUAACUGAGUUGAAAAAUAUUUGCUAAUGUUACAUGGCCAGUCAUGUAAACAUUGGAUUUUCCACCAAUACGAUGGUGAUAUAAAUAAAAAGAAAUCCAAUGUGAAAGA